AUGCCUACAUCUCGCAUAAGAUGGGACGACUGGAAGGACAAGGUGAUGCUAAUGGCAGUGUUCGAGCAAAUGAACAUGACCUCUCCCGACUUCAAACGUCUCUCCAAAGUGAUGUGUGGAGAUUACAGUGCGGACGCUCUGAGGUGCGGCCGAACCUACAGAAACCGCUUCAGGGCACUCAACAAAGAGGCUGCGGCUAUCUUGCGUGAUCGCCAGCGCCAUGCCGAAUCGCGAGAAAUGACAGACGACACUCUUCCCAUGAUGUCCGGAGCCAUGAACGGAUCAGACGAGAAUGAUGGACUGGUCGUCCGAGAGGUUGCGCUACGAAGCGAGCUUACGCCCCCUCCGAGCGAGCCGUCCCCCAGCAUGCAAUCGAGGCGCUGCCCUCAACAGACACAGAGAGUCAUGCCGGAAGUUAUCACACCGAACUCUCAGCCUUCCAGCAUUGGUCGCCACGCACAGAGCAACGGCGUACAAUACCAGCAGCACACGAGUUUGGACUACGAUCCAAAUGUGCACCCUGCACGCCGUCCUCAGUGCUCCCACGAAGCAACCUCCCCGGCUCGUCCGUACAACCAUCCUCGCAGCUCUCCUCAAAUACCGUCAGGCGGACGUAACUUUCCUCGUGGACAGCAAGAGCGAGGCUGGGAUCAGACUCUCAGGGCCAGGAAUACUGGCGGAAGGCCUUUCAAGCCGCCGCGAAAUAAAAACAACCGUCAGCGCAAUAUUCCCCAGAUGACCCGAGUCGAAAUUAAUCAUGGACCUGUACAUACCAAAUUUUAA